AUGACCUUCGUAGGGCUGCCUAUAUCACAGACGGCGGCCACAUCCGUCACCACCACCGAACAACAUCUAUCCCCGAUGCCGACCCCGACAUCUGACCACAUCGCCUUACCAGCACCAGCACCGCCAACCACCACUGUUGCAGCUUUAAAGACCAAAACUCGGUCAGUAGAGGUGGAAAGGUCGUACGCGGAAGAGAAUGAAUCCAGUCUAAAAUUGCCACAUGUGAAUUUCGGAGAUCCCGGAACACCAAGGGGAGAUUUGCUGGUGAAGAAUGGUAGAGUCAACUAG